AUGUCGUCCACCAGCAACGCCUCCAUUGACAAGUUCAACGGAGACAAUUACGCAACGUGGAGCCGGUACAUGCGCGGUGUGUUUUUGACGAAGUCCGUCUGGCACGUCGUCAACCGUGAAGUGACUCCGACUUUCACCGACCCGCGAGCGUCCGAUGACUACGUCAAGGCAAGCAACGUCGCGUUUGGUAUGAUGCUGCUGCACAUGAACGCGGACUACCAUCAUGUGCUGGACAACUGCGAGGAAGCCUGGGUUGCGUGGACAAGUCUGAAGACGCUGUACGGUGGGUCGCAGAAGGCAGGACGCAUCUACCUCAAGCGACAACUUUUCAGUAUCAAGAUGGCUGAAGGCGCGAACGUCAUGCAUCACUGGAACGAGGUCCUCAACAUCUCCGCCAAGCUUAGCGGCAUCGGUGCGAAGAUGGAAGACGAAGACAUUGCAAUUUGUCUGCUACUCAGUCUUCCGAAGAGCUACGAAAAUGUGGUGCUCAACAUGGAAAUGAGCAGCACCGAGCUUCGCACUCAAGAUGUGGUGAGAGUCCUGACGAAUGAGCAUGCCAAGCGUCAAGGAGAAAAAGGGACAACGACAGCGAUUACGGUGAAGGCUGAAGAUGCAAGCAAGGCAUUCAGCGCCGAGCGUGAGCCCUACCAAUGCACGUAUUGUGGCAAGGUGGGACACACGGUGGAUCGUUGCUGGACAAAGCAGAAGAACGAAGGUCGGGGAGCCCGACGCGGCGGCAAUGGUCGUGGACGCGGGGCUAACAAUGUCCAGUGGGGACAUCAUGAUGAAGGCAAUGGCUACGAUCGAGUGGCGUUUGCAGUCUCGUUCGAAUGUGGAGUUUCGACGAGCAAGGACGUGUCUGGAAUGUGGGCCGUCGACAGUGGUGCAACGCACCACAUUUGUGUUGAUGGUCAUCGGUUUCUACCAGUAUUGGUAACCGUGACCGGUCCAAUCCGAACCGCCUGUUCAGCUUAG